CAUGAGGAAAUAAAACAUCUGCGCGCGCUGAUUAACAUGGAGCUGCGGAGGCUUUACUGUCUCAUCCUCAACACACCGUUACUGCUGUAUGGAGAGGCUGCCUUCACUGAAGUGCCCACAGAUGUGAGUGUGUGUGAGGGUGAGGACGUGGAGAUGCCGUGUGCGUUUCGUGCCGUUGGUGUGUCUCCGUUUGCUCUGGAGAUUCAGUGGUGGUACCUAAAGGAGGCGACUCCACGGGACACACAUGAAAACACGCAUACAGGCAACCGAGCCAAGGUUGCUCCCAGAGACGCCACUAAGAUCAGUACGGUGCGUGUGCAGGGAAAUGCCAUCUCCCACAAGCUCAGCCUGUCCCAGGUGGGGAAGGAGGAUGAGGGGGUGUAUGAGUGUCGUGUGUCAAAUUUAUACUCAGAUGACACACAAGACUUUAAAGUGCAGGCGACGCUUCGCGUGACGCCAAAGGACAGCAUGCUCGCUGAGGAGGCUGUGUCUCAUAUCCAGAACCGCUGGACAUUAAAGAGUGCAGCACGAGCCACUAACGAACCGGAUCAGGGAAAGAACCACACAAUCCCUCCAUCAUCGUCACCAUCAACCCUUACCACGGCCUCAACACACACUGCUAACGCCUCCAACAGACAGCAGCACAAGACCGGUUCCGUUGCCAUGGUGACUGUGGAGCCACUGAUGUGCAUCAUGCUGCUGAUCUUUUACAUGGUCUUCUGAAUGAAAAUU